AAAGAAAGUCCCCGAAAAAUUUACUUAUAGAAUGGAAUUAAUAGCUUGCAUCUCAUGGUAACUUCCUCAGUUUAUUAUCUCUCGGUCUCGCACUCCCUGCCGAAUUGCACAAUAAAGCAACUGAGUUUGUGUGAUUUUCGCUGAAUAUACACUUUAUUUCCCCGACUGCACUGAUCCCAACGUUAUCUGACCAGUUUUUUAAAAGGAAACCUCAAAAGUGCAGUGCUCUGCGUGUUGCUCGGCACAGUGCAACGGAGUUUUGUGUUGAAGAAAAAUGAGUGAAGUUCAGGAGGUAAAGAAAGAUUUGGAGAAGGAAUAUUCUCCUAGUGCGUGGGUCAAGAGAUUCUCCACCAAGGAAGAAUUGAUAGAGUAUCACAUGAAAGUUCUUGGUGAAGGAACUACGACAGCAAGAGAAACCUUCAAGUAUGAAUUGGAUGUUCCAUAUGGAUCAGGAAAACGCUCCAAGGUGGACAUUUAUGGCACGGAUCUCCCUCCAGGAGCCCCCAUUUUUGUGCUCUUUCACGGAGGAUACUGGCACAUUAAGGAAUAUACCAAGGAAAAGGGCAGUUACGGAGUCCUUCCGCUUGUUGCAGCAGGAUGUCGUGUAAUUGCUGCUGACUACGAAAUGUGCCCCAAUGUGACCCUUUCAGAACUCGUGGAGAAUACCUUUGAGUGCUUCUCCUUUAUUCUCAAUUAUGCUGCCAAGAUUGGAGCAUCUUCUGUCAGUUUCUUGGGACAUUCAGCUGGUGCACAUUUAGUUAUCUCGCAAUUCCAUGAGCCACGCUACUCCAAACUUCCCCAUAAGGACCUCAUUAGGGAUGUCUACUUACUGAGUGGAGUAUUUGAUCUCAGGGAAGUUCGUUACACAGAAGUUGCCAAUUCCGGAAAUAUCCUAUCGAUUACGGAUAACAAUGUAGAGGAAUUAUCACCAGUUCUGGCGGAUUUUUAUCAUUUGGCUUUACAUCCCGUCCACUUUAUCAUCGUAGUGACAACCAAUGAAUCGAAAUCUUACUUCAAAAUGUCUGAGGACAUGAGAGAUACUCUUCUAAAAGGAACAAAUCAUGUGAAAUUGCAUUUACUGCCGAAUAGAGAUCAUUUUGAUAUAGUUGAGCAACUCAAUGACCAAGAAGCAGAACUCACUGAAAUCAUUCUAGAAGGACUGAAAGAAGAGUAACACUACUAGACUUGGUGUAAGACCUUAUUAGUAAAAAUGUAAAAUUAAAGAAAAAGUACUGGCUCUCACCUAGUAAAUGCUUUUUUCGAUUUAUAAA